AUGGCUCUCCUGCUGGCCCUUCUUCUGGCCCUGAGUCUCCCAGUGGCCAAGCUGGAAAGGAGCAUCUACGUAUCUAAACAGGAAGUGCUGAAGUGUCACUCCUGCGAGGCGGAGAAUAAUUUUAAAUGCCUGAACCCAGUUAAUUGUUCAUCUGCCGAAACAUACUGCAUCACCACCGCCAUAAAUCUGAGCUCCACGGAGGCUGGUGUGCCCAGCGGGGAGAACUACACCUACUGCUGUCCAGUGGCUGGAGAGAUCUUCGCUCGGUUCUACUUGGUCUCCAAGCAGUGCUCAUUAUCUUGCCCGGUCGUUGAGCGCCCUGCAGCAAAUCUGCAACCCCGGAGGUUCCUCCUGGAGAAGCCUACCCCGUUCCUCUACAUCAAGUGCUGUGAGCAUACCCUGUGUAACGAGGUGGGCCCAACUGUGAACGAGACCACCUUCAGAGACUUACUCUGGGAUGCCAGCGGGCAAGGCACUGAGCUGGCCACGCCCCUGACUUUGAUCUCCAUCUGCUUGGGGCUGGGGCUGUCCUGA